AAUCCGUGUACGUUUCCCUUUCCCUGCCCCCAAACCGAAAAGAAAAGCCACUAAGGUAAAACUAAAACCAAACUCUUAUUACCAGUACACAUUUGAUCUCUUUCCUAUUAAACAAACUCUAUUUUUAUGCCAUCCAAAGGUUCCAAACGCACAUAAAUUUACUCUGGAAGUAGUAGGGGGUGGAAUGAAGAAUAUUGGGUUUUCUCUCUUGUUGGCGAGUUCUCACUGCUCGACUACUCUUACAUAACUGCUGUGGUCCUUUGUUAUUGCCUUCUUCCUCUAAUCUUGUUCGAUUGCCUCCAUUUUUACCUCUUCCGGUCUUUCAAUAAUAAUGAGGACAGUGGAGAUGAGUUGAACUGGCUUGUUGCUAGAGCAUUUUGAUACCAUAUACAGUCAAUGGCUCGUAAAGGAAACCGACAGAAGUACAGAAAAGGAGUUUCAGAUUCUGGAUCUGGAUUGCUAAAUGAGAAUGAAAAUAGUAAUCUGACUGAGGCAGAGUGCAAAACUGCUGAAGAACCUUUAAAUGGUAACCUUUCUGGCAUAUCUUUAACAGAGAGCUUAAACAAUACACAUGAAGGUGAAGGCAAGAAGAAAAGCAAGCAGAAAUCUAGAAAAUCACUUAAAAAGGAAAAGGAAGGUACUGAUACAUUGUCAAUUGCAGAAGAAACAGGGCCUGAAGGCAGUGAUACAGGAAUUUUCCAAAGUCAUAAAAGUAGAGGGGUGGAUCCCGAGUCCAGAGAAGGAGCUGAGACAUCUCCACACACUAGUAACCACUCAGAUAAUUUGGAGGGAAGUUUUGGCCAUUUAGGAACAGCAUUGGAUGUAGAAAAUGCAUUAGAAAAUCUUAAAGUGUCUAUUAUGGUUGUUUUUAGGAAUUUGAUGACAUUGGCUCUGUCUGUCUUAAAGGUAUCAAUUCAGCGAUUAGAGAGGUGGAAGCCAUUGCUUGAUCAUUUAAAGAGUAAUUUACUAAUUGCAACUGGGUAUGUUCAAGAAAAGGUUCAGCAAGCAUACCCUAUAAUGGUUAGGUGGAUCAGACAUUUUGGAAAUAUAAUGUUUUUAUUAUCAAUGGUUUGGUUGGAUUGUGCUCUUAGAGGAAUUGAGUCCUUUCUAUGUAUGGGGAUGACAUCAAUUCUCUCAGUUAUCUGGUGUGGUGUUCUUUCUUUGAUUGCAGCCGCUAAAUUCAAGUUUCUAUUCAUUUUGGCAGCAGUUGCUGUGAUUGGACUUCUUACUGGGUUCAUCAUCGCAGUUCUAGGAGUUGCUGCAGUGAGUAUCGGCUACUUGUGGUUCUAUGGAAGAUUUUGGGCAGCAGUACUUCUGGUCUUGAGUGGAGGAGCGCUUUACAGGCUGAAGCAUGAACGGCUUGCAGUGUUUGUCGUAACUUUGUAUUCUGUAUAUUGCGCAUGGACAUAUGUUGGAUGGAUUGGUUUAGUCUUCGCUUUGAAUUUGUCAUUUAUUUCGAGUGAUAUUCUCAUAUACUUCUUAAAAAACAAUGUAAAUGAGCAAAGAAGGGCCAAUAGCUUUCCUGAUCAAACAACUGGAGUACAAGGUGAACCUAGCUUCUAUUCUGGUGGAUCAGUGCCUCCAUCUGCUGAUGAUGGGUAUGUUCAUCCCGUUGAUCGUGGCACUGGCAUCCCUUCAACUAGUGGAUCUGAUGCUGAGAUGACUUCCGAAGAUGAAGUUCUCAGAUUGUUGAACAGUACAGAUCAUUAUUCAGCACUGGGCCUAACGCGAUUUCAGAGUAUAGAUGCUUCAGUUCUCAAGAGAGAAUAUAGGAAAAAGGCAAUGCUUGUCCAUCCUGAUAAAAACAUGGGUAAUGAAAAGGCUGCUGAAGCUUUUAAGAAACUUCAAAACGCCUACGAGGUCUUACUCGAUUCUUUGAAACGACAAACAUAUGAUGAUGAAUUGAGGAGGGAAGAGCUGCUAAAUUACCUUCGUCGGUUCCAAAGUCCUUCUCAAAAGGGUAGAGGCUAUGGAUUCUUCACCUCUGGCUUCACACAGACAGAAACUGAGAGUGAGGAUCCUCUUGGAGAGGCUCGACGGAUUGCUUGCAAAAAGUGUGGCAACUUUCAUGUCUGGGUUGUCACUAAGAAAACAAAAUCCAAAGCAAGAUGGUGCCAGGAAUGCAAAGAUUUUCAUCCAGCAAAAGAUGGAGAUGGAUGGGUUGAACAGCCUUCACAUCCAUUCUUUUUCGGAAUGCUACUGAAGGUAGAUAAUCCUGUUGCCUAUGUUUGUGCUGAUAGCAGGAUCUAUAACGCCACUGAAUGGUACAUCUGUCAGGGAAUGAGAUGUCCAGUUAACAGUCACAAGCCAAGCUUCCAUGUAAAUACUAGUGUAACCAUGAAGAACAGCAAUGGGAAGAGAAGUAGCUCAGGACAAAAAGGUGGGAUGCCAAUGCCAAAUAUGGAAGAGACCAUGACCGAGGAGGAAUUUGUUGAGUGGCUACAGAAUGCCGUACAAGCUGGUAUGUUUGGUGAUUUUGACGGCAGCACGCCGCAGAGCCCAUCCACACCUGCUGCAAGUACCUCUAAGAGUACUAGUACUAGCAACGCUAGUGGAAGUGGAAACAAGAGAAAGAAAAAGGGGAAGAAGCAAUGGUGAGUACUGAGAUGGCUAGAUAAGAGCCAAAUUAACUGAUUCUAGCCUGGAAUUGACUUGACCCCAUGAUUCUGUCAGAUUAAAAUCGUCUAGCAUGUUCCAGGUUAGUUUGAAAUAGGUUUCCCGAAAGUUGGCAAAUAAAUUGUAGUCCUGCUUUUUGAGUAAAUGUUCCUAUCCUGAUCAUUAUACUGAGUUGGGAAAUGAAACGAAAUGGGGCUACUGCAAGCAAAAAGAGCUAUGAUACAACUCCCAGGUCUGAUGGUUUAUUUUCUUUGCCUCUGGUUUGAAAUUACCAGCACAAGUUACAUGUUUUUGAACUAGUUUCUGAGGAUUCCUUACGCAGCAUAGCAGGGACUACAGAACAUCUCUAACAAAUUGUGUAAAUGCCAUACCAAGCAGAAUUUACAAUUAUUUUCCUCGA